AUGGUCUACUCUUCCGAUGGCUUCUCCUGGACUCCUUCCACUGGCCGCCAGGAAGGGCUUCCCACAAUUGGCGUUGUUAAUCCCUCGUCACACUCUAUUCAGCCGGAAGACGACGUCCACGAUGUGAUUGUCAUCGGAGCCGGGUAUGCUGGUCUGGUCGCCUCUCGAGACCUGGCCACCCAAGGAAAGACAACACUUCUCUUGGAAGCUCGAGACAGACUCGGAGGCCGCACAUGGCACGCAACCAUCGAUGGAUUCAACUACGAGAUGGGUGGCACUUGGAUCCAUUGGCACAUGCCCCAUAUCUACCAUGAGGUUUCUCUGUACGGCCUGCACAAUGACUGGAUCGUCACCCAAAACCCCGGUGGAAAGGAAGACUACUUCACUGCCAUGACGGGCAGUGAGCAGCGCAAUCUCUCGCACGAAGAGGAGGCCGACAUUUGCGGUAGAGUCCUCCGCAGCUUCUGCAACGUCGACGGAGACGAUCUCCGACAGACAUGGAAAUACGCAUUCGGCACCAACCAGUCGCCCGAACUCAUUUCCAAGUGGGACAAGCUUUCGUGCCAGGACCGGCUAGACCAGAUCCGCGACCAGCUGUCCGCUGAAGAGGUGAGCAUUUUGCAAGCCCAACUGAUGCAGAUGGGUGGAAACACCUUGGACAAGAUCGGACUCCUUGGCGUACUCCGUUGGUGGGUUCUGGGCAGCCACACACCGACGGGCUUGAAUGACAUCGCCCUCCAUACUCGACUGCGAAGCGGGAACAGCGAACUGCACCGCCGUAUCUUCGAGCACGCCUUGUCUACCGACAACCUGUCCUAUGGGUUCAGUGCCCCAGUUCAGCGGAUCGAGGAUGCUGGAGACAUUGUCACUGUGACGACUAGAGAUGGGAAGGCGUGGAAGGCCAGGUCCGUUAUUUGCACGGUGCCGCUCAACGUCUUGGCCUCGGUCGAGUUCAGUCCCCGACUUCCUGCGGAUAAGGUGGCAGCUUUGCAGCAGCAGUCGGUCAACAGGUGCAACAAGGUCCACGUCGAUAUUAAUGGGCCAGAAUACCUGUCGUGGGGAUCGAUGGCAACACCCGGGAAGGGAUUGAUCUCCGCAUUUGGAGAUCAUCUCACCCCCGUAAAGGACACUCAUCUAGUAUGCUUUGGUCCUGACCCGGAAUGCUCUGCUGGAAUGACGCUCGACAAUCUUGAUACUGUGAAAGAUGCCGUUGUCCACCUCCUGCCCGAGAAUAAGCAAGGCGAGGCUGUCAUUAACCGUAUUGUGUCUCAUGAUUGGAACAAGGACGAGUUCGCAAAUGGUACAUGGUCUUUCCCUCCACCGAACGCCACGACGAAAUAUCUCUCUGUCCUACAAAGACCACAUGGCAACGUCUUCUUCGCCAGCGCGGACUGGUCGGAUGGCUGGUGUGGUUGGAUUGAUGGCGCCGUCCAGAGCGGUAUGCAGACGGCUCGUCAAGUCAUACUGGAGCAACGGAAAGCUGCGGUUAUGAAAAAGAAGGUUGUGCCGAAGGGUACCUCUAUUGACCUUUCUAUUGACCUCUCCAAAGGUAUCGUACGAUGUGUUAUCUAA